GUUAGGUUAUCAUUUAUUUACAACGUUAACUAUAGAAAAAGUUGUAAUUUAUCUGUGACGACAAUAAUAGCCAGUUAUUUAUACUAACAACGUUGCAUACACUUAAACAAUACACUGACCAAUAAUAGUACUAGAACAAUUAACAAUGAAAUAAGAUGUUAUUACGUCUUAUAAUCUGGUCAUCAAUCGUCCUUAUUGGAAACUGCCAACAGACUGAAACUGUACCACUGAGCUGCCUUAAAACCAAUGAGUGUUUUUACAAACCAGGUGAUGAUCAUUGUCCAUCAAUAAACGAACCGCGUUGCAGAAAACUGAAUUGCACUGGAGCAGUAUUGUGUUGUGAUGUGACCAAUUUUCAGAUGGUCGAAGGAGUGGGUAUUUCUAAAAACAAUCUCACUUCUGUCACUGCUUUGCACAUUCGAAACGCCACUUUGGAUGCACUGAAUCUGACCUCGAGCUUAUGGAGAGGUUUAGAAUUCUUGUCGAUUACAGAUGGACAGAUUAAAACUGUAGUAGGAGAGUUUGGAAAACACACACACAUUUCUUGUUUGAACCUCUCCUCUAAUGGAAUCAAUGAGUUUAUAGGCAGGCCUUUGUCUAAUUUAUACAAAUUAAAAUUUUUGGACUUGUCGCAGAAUAAUCUGACUGAAAUUCCACUGUUUAAAAUGGAAGGAAAUGUUACUCUGGAUAUUUCAGGAAUUCCAUACAUGGAAUGCAGCAAGAUAUCAAAAGCCUUAGAACGAAACCAAUUGGAUUUUGUCAAUGGUAACAAAACAUUCUGUCAGACCUCAAAACACUAUGAGUGGUUCAAGUCUGUUGAAAAUCUUACCCUUGCAACGUGCAUCGAAAAUCACAAAGUGUCGAAAAUGUGCAUUGCAAAUUGUACUUGCAAUCCCUUAAGAAUGGAUAUCUUGCCUGGCAAACCUGCUUCCAUUUCUGUCGCAGUUAAUUGUUCAGGCAAACAGUUCCUUUCGCUUCCGACUCCUUUGCCCGCAAACACAAUUUCUUUGGACGUCUCAAAUAACAACAUAACAUCGUUGAAGGAAAUAAGCCACCCCUCCUACCAGCAUCUUCGAAAGUUUUACGCGGACAACAAUCAAAUUCGAUCGAUUCAACCUUUGGAGGGUGCGAAUCUUGGUUUGAGGCUUCUAAGUUUGCGUAACAACUGUAUCAGAACUUUGGAAACCUAUGUCCUUGACAACUUGGAACCAGAUCGUCAACCCUCACAUUCUGUCUAUUUGAGCGGUAACAAUUUGUACUGCGACUGUAACACUGCCAAAGACCUAACAGUGUGGCUUUUGACGAAAAAAUCUUACGUGGUGGACGACGACGAUAUACUAUGUGAUAACUUAAACAACGUAAGGGUAAAGGAACUGAACUCCGCGAAAUUAUGCAUCAACGACGAAAAAGAUUGGACCGACUAUAUCUAUUAUAUAAUUACAGCCGAAGUAGCGAUGCUUGUCGGUCUUAUUGCUAAAGUUUCGUAUGAUUAUUGGGUGUUCAAAACUGCCGGCUAUUUACCUUGGCCUGCCAGCAAAAUGCCCAAGUUGCCAUGUGACUGGCUUUGUGAGUGAAGUGUUAAGGCAUAAUUUUUAAAUCCGUUGUAUAUUUAGCAAUUUUUGUUGUACAGUAAUAUUUUAUUUGAUUUUUACGAAUAUUGUUAAUUGUAAAAUGGAUUUUAAAAUUUUGCCGUUCUCUAAUAUAAAUGUCUGCUAAUAAAGGCUUCCAUUUUUGAGGUUGUGAAUAGCUAAUAGAAUGUAAUAUUCUAAAACAUAAAACAAAUUUUGCAAUUUAUUAGUAUAGUUUAAGAAUUAUACCAACUAUGGCUGGUAAAAUUAAAAUUGGAAGCCAUAUUGUUAUUAAUCGCUCUCAUUAUGCAACGAAAAGUCUGAUUGUACAAAUUUUAAUGUAUAUCUUCAUCUACUUCUUGCCUAAACUUUUCGAAAUUCUAGAGUUCAAUUUUGGUAGUUGGUUCAGGUUCCAACUGAAAUAUUAUCCUUGAUGCUAUGUAUUUUUAUUUGCUCAUUAUUAUUAGGUUGUGUGUUGAAGUGAAUAAGACAAGAUUUAAUAUUACAAAGUGCCUUACUUUUCAAACUUAGUGCCUAAAUGUUUACACACAAGUUAUAUUUUCUAGUCCAAUUAUUUCAAGUAAAUCUUGUCAUAUUCUCUUGUUAGUCAUAUUAUUGUUAAAGAAUUAAGCAACUAUAAUAUAUUUUAUAUAAUACAAAACAUUUUAAAUUUAUAAAUAUAUUCGAUUAACGAUUACAAUGUACAACAUGUCAUUGAAUUAUUCUAAACUAAGACAUAUUUUUUAUGUAUAUUGUGAUAUCAGUGUAAUAAAUAAAUAUACAAUACUA